GUUGAAACCCAAACAAGAAUUGGCCGGACAAAAUCAACAAAACUAGAGAGAAAUAAGCGAUAGAUAUAGAGAAGGAGAUGGAGUCGGAGAUGGAGACGACGAUCGGGAAAACAAAGGAAGUCUACAAUUUGCGUUCCAGAAGGGUUUACAUUGCCUCACGCACUAGAUGUUCCCCGGUUUCCAAAGCUCAAAAGAAGGGGACAGCUACAGGCAGAAAACUUAAAGAUGAGGUUUCCAAAGCUCAAAAGGUGGAGACAGCUAUAGGAAAAAAACCUGAAGAUGAACCGACAGUGCUCCCUGCCCGAGGUCUUUUUCGCGGACCUCCUCCUCUGACCGGUCAACGUCUUAAGGACCAUCAAAAGGAAAAGCAGCGCCAACUUCGUGCAGAGGCAACAAAAGCCUUGAACUGGUACAAUAAGGGCCGCCAACAGUGUGGGCAGCUUCCCAGAUACGUUCUUGUGAAGACAAUGAAAUUGCAAGCCUUUGCCCUUAAGUGCGGAUUUGUGCACCAUCUCAACUUCAUGGCCCGACCAAAAGACGAGCCUGCUGCUCCUCCAGAGCUCUUUUUUGCUGAAAGGGUGGUUAGUUGGCAUGGAUUGAUAGAUACACGUUGCUACAGCCUGGGGACUGAUUCUCCUGAAACUGGAGGAGGUGAGGAAUGUAAUCUUUGUUACAAGAUUUAUCACCCAAGGGACGUGGAAUUUGUCGGCAGGGCAGACCACCUACUAUGGAUUCGAAGAAAAUCAAAAGAUGUCCUAGCAUUUUCGAAGGCUGUUGGUUCGUCUCAUCAGUUUUCAAAAAAUGUCCCUGACCUAGCCACUGGAAAUGUUGCUGAAAAUCAUUCUGAAAACCAAGUUUCUUUUGUCAUAGUAGGCGAAGCUGAAGCGACAACACUAGCUCUCAAAACCGCAGAUUUAGACGAGGAGAAAGCUGUUGAUGAAGAGAUACAGAUUCUAAGCAACCCAGACUCUAGCAGAUUUCUUGGAGACAAUGCUGAUUUAAAAAAACCCAUCCUCAUGUGACAAAGAUACGCGAGAUCCUAGUGAGGCAGCAGUCUCAAAUGUGACAAAGACUAGGGAAGAAACAAUUGUUGAUACAAAAGAUGCUACUACUCCAAAU